UCAGUGACGGGCCAUGGCAUCUCCAUGACUGGUUGGUGCCAGAUUGCAUGAUUUAUAGUAAAGCGGUUUCUCCACUGAUGUUAGGAUUAUUUGCAAAGUUAGAACCUUCCACUGCAUUCUGCUCUUAGAUGUUGAAAUGAGAUUUUAUGUUGCUGGUUCCGGAGUUCCUGCCAAUAUCCGUAACGCUAAACCUGUUCAGGCCAAAGCCACCGUUAACCUCUUUAAUGGUAGAGGAAAUGGUUUCCUGAAAAGUUUACUGACUGGCUGUAAGAAGAUUUCAGAUUGUACACGCAUCAUGCAGGCCUGCAGUGAAACAUUGCUGAUCUCAGAUCAUUGCUUUACACAGCUCUAAUCCCACAGCCACCUCGAGGAUUAUUCUGCCAUUAAGUGAUGGCUUUUGGAAAUCAAGUACUGCUGUUUGAGACACACACACAUGCACACGAUACCAUUAAAUCAGUUCCGAUGUUAACUCGGAAACACAGUGCUGACAGAACGACAUGCAAGAGCUCCUUCAUGGAAAUAAAAAAAUAUAUAAAUUUUCACUUGGAUGCAUGUUGAGGUCAGUAAGCAGGUAAGCUGUUUUGGGGUCAGCUAAUAAUGUAUAUUUUACAGUUUUCUUAUUAGAAUCAGGAGAAAUCGUUGUGAUUUAAGUAUUAUUCAAAGAAGAACUACCUUAAUUUCCCAAAAUACCACUUAACAUUUUGUUUCCACUUUACGUUACAGACAAGUUAUUCUGUCAUGCCUCAGGUGAAAUGGUUCAGCAAUGUUUUCCUUUACAGUAUGGUCACAGUCCUGCCUCAUGGCAAGACACUCUGGGCCUGUUCUAGUUCCUGUCCCGCCAGAUGUAUGUGCACUCUGGAGAAGAGCUGCACUGUGCUCUGUGACCGUGCCAACAUGGCUGAGCUGCCCAGAGAGUUCCCCUGUGAGGCAUCCUCCAUCAAUCUGGAGAAAAACAGCCUCAAAUUUUUGUCAGAACGAGCUUUUGGAACGCUUCCCUCUCUUAAGUCCCUCAUCCUUGACCACAACAACAUCUCCUUCAUCACACCAGGAGCUUUCAAAGGGCUUCCCAACCUGCUAGAGCUCACGAUGGCUCACAAUGAGUAUAUUCGCUAUCUUCACACACGGACCUUCACCUCCCUCAAACGCCUCGUGCGCUUGGACCUUUCUGGCUGCAACCUCUUCAGCAUGCCUGACCGCAUCUUCCUGGAACAGACCUCCCUCAGAGAGCUAUUCUGCUUCCAGAACAAUUUCAGACGCAUCCCGAGUGCCAUACGAGGAAUGGAGAACCUGACACAUGUUUACUUGGAGCGCAAUAAGAUUGAAGCAGUAGCCUACAACUCUCUGCUGGGACUGUGCAACCUCAAGUAUCUGAACCUACAGGAGAAUCGUAUCAGUGUCAUCCAUGAUGAGGCUUUUAAGGAUCUAAAACAACUACAGAACUUUUACCUGAAUGACAAUCUGUUGGUUGACUUGCCAAAGAACACUUUCAAAGGCCUCUGCAGUCUAAAGAUGUUAAAUCUGGGUGGUAACCUGCUAACCAAUGUCUCCAACACCUGGUUUAGGGACCUGCUGGAACUGGAGGUACUCUAUCUGGACCGGAACUGCCUGUCAUUUAUUGACGAGGGUGCCUUUGAGAAUCUGACCAGCCUCAUGACACUGCAUCUCAACAGCAACAAACUGACUACUCUGCCUUUCCCUGUCUUUCAGCCCAUCUAUUUCAUCGGGCAGCUUUAUUUGUUCCGCAAUCCCUGGGAGUGCAGCUGUGAGCUUGAGUGGCUGAAAGAGUGGAUGGAGAACUAUAAGCUGGUGAGGGAUAUCCCAUGUGCAGCCCCUCCUUCAGUAGCUGGUCUGGAUCUGAGCAAGGUGCUGUAUAUACAUGUGAAUGGUACUUGCAUCGACCCAGCAGAGUUGAACCUCACCACUGCUGUUCCAGAUCACAGCACCACACAGAGCAAAUUCAACAGCCUGAUCUCCAAACUGAUGAACCAGGAACGCAGGGAGGAGGUGAGGAAUUUUACUGAGAGCCAGAGGAAUGGGACAGUGCUGGAACCAGCAGAAGGUCAGGCCUCAGCUGCUCACAGGAUUUCUAGUGUUGGUUUAGUCCUGUCAUUGCUGUUCCUCAUCCAAGCUUAGAAAGGCUGCCUAUUAGACCUUACUAAUGCUUAAUGAAGACCUGGCUGAGGGCUGGAAGAUCUUCGCCAAGAAUGUGUUUGGACUGAAAGUUGUGCAGAUGAGAGAUUAAUCCUUCCUUCAGAGGGGGACUGUGUGAAAAGGGAGGAAAAUCCAUCAGCUACAGGACUAGAGAAUUUUCUUGGAGAUCUGACAGUAUAUUAAAGACAGCACACACAGAUGAGGACAGACUGCUGUGCAUUUUCAUAAUGAAAAAUACCUUAGUACAGUAUUAACGUGCUAAUUUAAAUGGAAUUUAGUGACCUCAGUAUCUGAUCCAUUGUUCUGUAGACAUUUAUUCACGUUGUUAUAGGGAGCCUAUGGAUAAUGGUUGG